CGCGCAGCGCGUUCCAUUCGAUCGCUCGCGCUACGCUGCUAUUUCAUUCGUUGAGGUCGCCACCCAGCCCCAGAAAAACAGAGCAAAUCCUUCGGCAAGAAAAUGGAUAUCAGUGGAGUUAAAGUUCUGGAGUCAGCUGAGGACAUCCAGGAGCGCCGUCAGCAGGUUCUUGACCGGUACCGUCGCUUCAAGGAGCUGUCCGUUGUGCGCAGACAGAAACUCGAGGACUCUUACCGGUUCCAGUUCUUCCGUCGAGAUGCAGAUGAGCUUGAGAAAUGGAUCCAAGAGAAGCUACAGAUCGCCUCUGAUGAGAACUACAAGGACCCCAGUAACCUACAGGGAAAGCUCCAGAAACAUCAAGCCUUUGAGGCAGAGGUGCAGGCUAACGCUGGGGCCAUCAUUAAACUGGACGAGACCGGCAAUCUCAUGACAUCUGAGAGCCACUUUGCAUCUGAAACCAUUCGAACCCGUCUAGAGGAACUUCACCGUCUGUGGGACCUGCUGCUGCAGAAGACUAAAGAGAAGGGAGUGCGUCUCCUGCAGGCCCAGAAAUUGGUGCAGUACCUCCGUGAGUGUGAGGAUGCCCUGGACUGGAUCAAUGACAAGGAAGCUAUUGCCACCUCAGAGGAGCUUGGCCAGGACCUGGAGCAUGUGGAGGUUCUGCAGAAGAAGUUUGAAGAAUUCCAGACAGACCUGGCAGCCCACGAGGAGCGUGUGAAUGAGGUGAACCAGGCAGCCGGUAAGCUAACCCAAGAGAACCAUCCCGAGGCUGAGCUCAUCCUGAAGAAGCAGGAGGAGGUGAACGCUGCCUGGCAGAGGCUGAAGGGUUUGGCUCAGCAAAGGCAGGGCAAGCUAUUUGGAGCUGCUGAGGUGCAGCGUUUCAACCGGGAUGUGGAUGAGACAAUCAGCUGGAUUAAGGAGAAGGAGCAGCUGAUGGCAUCUGAUGAUUUUGGUCGUGACCUUGCCAGCGUUCAAGCCCUGCUCCGGAAACACGAGGGGCUGGAAAGAGAUUUGGCAGCCUUGAAGGACAAGGUAAACACUCUUGGCGGCGAGGCAGACCGUCUGCAGCAGACACACCCCCAGAAUGCCUCUCAGAUCCACCUGAAAAGAGACGAACUCAUUACCAACUGGGAGCAGAUCCGUACCCUGGCAGCUGAACGACACGCUCGGCUCAAUGACUCCUACAGGUUGCAGCGCUUCACUGCAGAUUUCCGUGACCUGACCAGCUGGGUGACGGAGAUGAAGGCUCUGAUCAAUGCAGAUGAGCUGGCCAACGAUGUGGCCGGAGCGGAGGCCCUGCUUGACCGCCACCAGGAGCAUAAGGGCGAGAUUGAUGCACAUGAGGACAGUUUCAAAUCUACCGAUGAGGCUGGGCAGGCUCUGCUGAACACUGGACAUUAUGCUUCUGAGGAAGUCAAGGAAAAGCUGGGCAUCCUGUCUGAAGAGAAAGUGUCUCUUCUGGAGCUGUGGGAGCUACGCAGGCAGCAGUAUGAGCAGUGCAUGGACCUGCAGCUGUUUUACAGAGACACUGAGCAGGUCGACAACUGGAUGAGCAAGCAAGAGGCUUUCCUGCUGAAUGAAGAUCUUGGUGACUCUCUGGACAGUGUUGAAGCUCUUCUGAAGAAACAUGAAGACUUUGAGAAAUCCCUCAGUGCCCAGGAAGAGAAGAUCACCGCCCUGGAUGAAUUUGCCACCAAACUGAUCCAGAACAAUCACUACGCCAAGGAGGAUGUGGCCACUCGCAGAGAUGCACUGCUGAGCAGACGCAACGCUCUUCACGAGCGCGCUCAGUUUCGCCGUGCCGCCCUGGAGGACUCUUUCCAUCUGCAGCAGUUUUUCCGGGACUCUGAUGAGCUCAAGAGCUGGAUCAAUGAGAAGAUGAAGACUGCCACUGACGAGGCCUACAAGGACCCAUCCAACCUGCAGGGGAAGGUACAGAAGCACCAGGCCUUCGAAGCUGAGCUCUCUGCCAAUCAGAGCCGCAUUGAUGCACUGCAGAAGUCAGGCCAGGAGCUGGUUGAUGGAAAACACUACGCCUCCAGCGAGGUGUCCACCCGAAUGGAUGAGGUCAGCUCUCAGUGGAAGAAACUUCUAGAGGCAACUGAACUCAAAGGGAUUAAGUUGCGUGAAGCGAACCAGCAGCAGCAGUUCAAUCGUAAUGUAGAGGACAUCGAGCUGUGGCUGUAUGAGGUGGAGGGACACCUAGCCUCCGAUGACUUUGGCAAAGACCUGACCAGCGUCCAGAAUCUUCAGAAGAAACAUGCUCUGCUGGAGGCUGAUGUGGCUGCUCACCAGGACCGCAUUGAUGGCAUUACUAUUCAGGCCAGGCAGUUCCAGGAGGCUGGCCAUUUUGACGCUGAUAACAUCCGCAAAAAACAAGAGGCUCUGGUGGCACGCUACGAGGCUCUAAAGGAGCCCAUGGCAGCCCGCAAACAGAAGCUGUCAGACUCUCUGCGCCUUCAACAACUUUUCAGGGAUUUGGAAGAUGAGGAGACCUGGAUCCGAGAGAAGGAACCCAUUGCUUCCUCCACCAACAGGGGAAAAGACCUUAUUGGAGUCCAGAACCUUCUGAAGAAACACCAGGCUCUGCAGGCAGAAAUCUCUGGCCAUGAACCCCGAAUCAAGGCUGUUACUCAGAAGGGGGAGGCCAUGAUUGAAGAAGGUCACUUUGCAGGGGACGAUGUGAAAACUAAGCUGCAAGAGCUGCACAAUCGUUGGGAUGGACUGAAGGGAAAAGCGGCCCAGCGUAGACAGGAUCUGGAGGACUCCCUUCAGGCUCAGCAGUACUUUGCUGAUGCCAAUGAAGCUGAGUCUUGGAUGAGAGAGAAGGAGCCCAUUGUAGGAAGCACUGACUACGGCAAAGAUGAAGACUCUGCAGAGGCUCUGCUGAAGAAGCACGAGGCACUGAUGUCUGAUCUGAGUGCGUAUGGCAGCAGCAUCCAGGCAUUAAAAGAACAAGCCGAGGCCUGCAGACAACAAGUGGCCCCCACUGAUGAUGAGACCGGCAAGGAGCUGGUUCUUGCUCUAUACGACUACCAGGAGAAGAGUCCACGUGAGGUCACCAUGAAGAAGGGCGACAUCCUCACUCUGCUCAACAGCACCAACAAGGACUGGUGGAAAGUGGAAGUGAACGACAGGCAGGGCUUUGUUCCUGCAGCGUACGUGAAGAAGUUAGACCCGACUCAAUCUUCCUCUCGCGAGAAUCUGCUAAAUGAACAGGGCAGCAUUGCUCUGCGACAGGAGCAGAUUGAGAAUCAGACUGUGGUCACCAAGGAGGUGUGCAGCGUAUCUGUACGCAUGAAGCAGGUGGAGGAACUGUAUGGUACACUGCAAGAGUUUGGAGAGAAGAGGAAGGACAUGCUGGAGAAGAGCUGCAAGAAGUUCAUGCUUUUCCGUGAGGCGAACGAGCUGCAGCAGUGGAUCAAUGAGAAAGAAUCAGCGCUUACUAAUGAGGAGGUCGGCUCUGAUCUGGAGCAAGUGGAAGUUCUGCAGAAGAAGUUUGAUGACUUCCAGAAGGAUCUGAAAGCAAAUGAAUCUCGGCUGAGGGAUAUAAACAAGGUGGCAUCUGAGCUGGAGUCUGAAGGACUGAUGGCUGAAGAGGCUCCUGUUGUGCAGGCCCAGGUAGAGCUGAACAACCGCUGGAGGGCCUUGCAGCAGCUGGCUGAAGACCGAAGCAACAUGCUGGGCAGUGCUCAUGAGGUGCAGAGGUUCCACAGGGAUGCAGAUGAGACCAAGGAAUGGAUCGAAGAGAAGAACCAAGCCCUGAACACUGAUAACUACGGUCAUGACCUCGCCAGCGUGCAGGCUCUGCAGCGUAAGCACGAGGGCUUCGAGAGAGACCUGGCUGCUCUAGGAGACAAGGUGAACUCUCUUGGUGAGACUGCAGAGCGUCUGAUUCAGUCUCAUCCUGAGGCUGUGGAUGACAUCCAGGAGAAGUGCACCGAGCUGAACACUGCCUGGAGCAGCCUGGUGGGUCGUGCUGACCAACGCAAAGAAAAACUGGGCAACUCUCACGACCUGCAGCGCUUCCUCAGUGACUUCAGAGAUCUCAUGUCCUGGAUCAAUGGAAUCAGAGGGCUGGUGUCUUCAGAUGAGCUGGCCAAGGACGUCACUGGAGCUGAAGCCCUGUUGGAGAGACAUCAGGAACACCGCACUGAGAUCGACGCCCGUGUAGGCACCUUCCAGGCUUUUGAACAAUUUGGACAGCAGCUGCUUGCCCGUGGCCACUAUGCCAGCCCUGAGAUCCAACAGAAGCUGGAGGCUCUUGAACGGGAACGUGCCGACCUAGAGAAGGCCUGGGUCCAGCGCAGGAUGAUGCUGGAUCAGUGCCUGGAGCUGCAGCUAUUCAACCGUGACUGCGAGCAGGCUGAGAACUGGAUGGCAGCUCGCGAGGCCUUCUUGGCCAGCGAUGACAAGGGAGACUCCCUGGACAGCGUGGAGGCUCUCAUCAAGAAACAUGAAGACUUUGAUAAGGCUAUCAAUGUGCAGGAAGAGAAAAUUGCAGCACUGCAGUCUUUCGCUGACCAGCUCAUUAGCGCUGACCACUACGCCAAACCUGAGAUCUUUAAUCGUCGUAAUGAGGUCUUAGACAGGUGGCGCCGUCUCAAGGCUCAGAUGAUUGAGAAACGCUCUAAGCUGGGUGAGUCCCAGACUCUGCAGCAGUUCAGCAGAGAUGUAGAUGAGAUCGAAGCAUGGAUCAGUGAGAAACUCCAAACCGCCACUGACGAGUCUUACAAGGACCCCACCAACAUCCAGCUGUCCAAGCUGCUGAGCAAGCACCAGAAGCACCAGGCUUUUGAGGCUGAGUUACACGCUAAUGCUGAUCGUAUCCGUGGGGUGAUUGACACGGGCAAUGCUCUCAUCCAGAGAGGUGCCUGUGCUGGAAGUGAGGAUGCCGUCAAGGCUCGUCUUAAUGCUCUGGAUGAGCAGUGGCAGUUCCUCGUCAACAAAUCUGCCGAGAAGAGUCAAAAACUGAAAGAGGCAAACAAACAGCAGAACUUCAACACUGGCAUCAAGGACUUUGACUUCUGGUUGUCUGAGGUUGAGGCUCUUCUUGCCUCUGAGGAUUAUGGCAAAGAUCUGGCCUCAGUCAACAAUCUCCUUAAGAAGCACCAGCUUUUGGAGGCUGACAUCUCUGCUCAUGAGGAUCGUCUAAAGGAUCUCAAUGGCCAGGCUGACAGUCUGAUGUCCAGCAAUGCCUUCGACACCUCUCAGGUUAAGGACAAGCGUGAUGCCGUCAACGGACGCUUUGGCAAAAUCAAGAGCAUGGCUGCUGGGCGCCGUGCCAAGCUGAACGAGUCGCAUCGUCUGCACCAGUUCUUCAGGGAUCUGGACGAUGAGGAAUCUUGGAUCAAGGAAAAGAAGUUGUUGGUGAGCUCGGAGGACUACGGACGUGAUUUGACAGGAGUACAGAAUCUGAGGAAGAAACACAAGAGGCUGGAGGCUGAACUUGGAGCACACGAGCCGGCCAUUCAGUCUGUAUUGGAAACUGGGAAGAAGCUGUCUGAUGACAACACCAUUGGACAGGAGGAGAUCCAUCAGAGGCUGGCCCAGUUUGUGGAGCACUGGAGGGAACUGAAAGAUCUGGCUGCUGCUCGUGGACAGAGGCUUGAGGAGUCACUAGAGUACCAGCAGUUUGUGGCAAAUGUGGAGGAAGAGGAAGCUUGGAUUAAUGAGAAACUGAACCUGGUCGGAAGCGAGGAUUACGGUGAUACUCUGGCAGCUGUGCAGGGCUUGCUGAAGAAACACGAAGCAUUUGAAACGGAUUUUACCGUGCACAGGGACCGAGUGAAUGAUGUUUGUUCCAAUGGAGAUGAACUUAUCAAAAAGGAAAACCACAACGUGGAGAACAUCAUGGCUAAAAUGAAGGCCCUGCGUGGGAAAGUGUCAGAGCUUGAGAGAGCUGCAGCUCAGAGGAAAUCUAAACUGGAUGAGAACUCUGCCUUCCUUCAGUUCAACUGGAAGGCUGAUGUGGUGGAGUCCUGGAUUGGCGAGAAGGAAAACAGCCUGAAGACCGAUGACUAUGGUCGAGAUCUCUCCUCGGUGCAGACUCUGCUCACUAAACAGGAAACCUUUGAUGCUGGGCUUCAGGCCUUCCAGCAGGAGGGCAUCACCAACAUCACAGCCCUGAAAGACCAGCUGUUGGCUGCCAAACACGUACAGUCCAAGGCCAUUGAGGCUCGUCAUGCCACCCUGAUGAAGCGCUGGAACCAGCUGCUGUCCAACUCAGCCGCCCGCAAGAAGAAGCUUCUGGAGGCCCAGGAGCACUUCAGAAAGGUCGAGGAUCUGUUCCUCACCUUUGCCAAGAAGGCCUCAGCCUUCAACAGCUGGUUUGAGAACGCUGAAGAAGAUCUGACAGACCCUGUAAGGUGCAACUCUCUGGAGGAGAUCAGGGCCCUGCGGGAUGCCCAUGACGCCUUCCGCUCCUCGCUCAGCUCCGCAGAGGCCGACUUCAACCAACUGGCAGAACUUGAUCGUCAGAUCAAGAAUUACCACGUGGCCUCCAAUCCAUACACUUGGUUCACCAUGGAGGCUCUAGAGGAGACUUGGAGGAACCUUCAAAAGAUCAUCAAGGAGCGAGAGCUGGAGCUACAGAAGGAACAGAGGAGACAGGAAGAGAACGAUAAACUCAGACAAGAGUUUGCCCAACAUGCCAAUGCCUUCCACCAAUGGCUGCAGGAGACCAGGACAUACCUUCUGGAUGGGUCCUGCAUGGUGGAAGAAUCCGGAACUCUAGAAUCACAGCUAGAGGCCACUAAGCGGAAGCACCAGGAGAUUCGUGCCAUGCGAAGUCAGCUGAAGAAGAUCGAGGAUCUGGGAGCAGCUAUGGAGGAGGCGCUGAUCCUGGACAACAAAUACACAGAGCACAGCACCGUGGGUCUGGCCCAACAGUGGGACCAACUCGACCAACUGGGCAUGAGAAUGCAACACAACCUGGAACAACAGAUCCAAGCCAGAAACACUACAGGAGUAACAGAAGAGGCCCUGAAGGAGUUCAGCAUGAUGUUCAAGCAUUUCGACAAAGAAAAAUCUGGACGUCUCAAUCACCAGGAGUUCAAGUCCUGCCUGCGGUCUCUGGGCUACGACCUGCCCAUGGUUGAAGAAGGAGAACCAGACCCAGAGUUUGAGUCCAUCCUGGACAUAGUGGAUCCGAACAGGGAUGGAAACGUGUCCUUGCAGGAGUACAUGGCCUUCAUGAUCAGCCGAGAAACAGAGAACGUGAAGUCAAGCGAGGAGAUCGAGAGCGCUUUCCGUGCUCUCAGCGCCGAGAACAAACCUUACGUCACCAAGGAAGAACUCUACCAGAACCUGACGAAGGAACAGGCAGACUACUGCAUUUCCCAUAUGAAGCCCUACUUGGACAGCAAGGGCCGUGAGAUCCCGUCAGCUUUCGACUUUGUGGAAUUCACCCGCUCGCUCUUCGUCAACUGAUUCCCUGCCCCCUGCCUGCCAGUGACCAAUCGGGAUGCGUUUUCCCCCCUUCACAAGAACACACAACCAAACUGCAUGGAUCUGAAUUGAAAUUCUCUAUAGCACCCAGUAUAGCAAUAUCUGUAUCUUGCUAUCACUCUUAACCCUGCGUAUUUAUCUGACACUUCCUCAUGCUUCACUGACAAUAGUGUAGUGGAUCUGUCUGCAUUUUAUUGUGGUUGUUUUAGCUGUUAAGUGCUUUGCUUUAUUUAACAAACCUAUAGAGAGGAUCUGCUGUAACAUCACCCAUGAGACUGCAGUGUGCUUAAAUAAACGCUACUGGUUAUAACUGGAA